CAACAGCUGGUAGAUGUUACAGAUCGCUGAUGUUACGCAGUGGAUUCAAAUGGAAUCGCAUUAGCUUUACAGAAAUUAAUAAGCAAUAGAACGGCACAAGUUGACCUGGUGAUUGCAUGGGAGUAAAAUGAGACCAGAUCACCAGAGUCGUUAGGACUCAAGUUUUGUCAACAUUAUAUUACAUAGCAUCCUCUCCAAUUGUUGCUACCAUAUUUUGGCUACUAAAGCGACUGCCAUCAUUAGAGGUCAAAAAAUCAUAUCGCCUCAUAUUUCUUCCUCUGCACUAGUCAACAUUUUUCUUUAUUAAUAUAUGUAAUAAAAAAUGAAGGUGGGUGUCACAUAAAGUAAAACACUUGCAGUCAGUUACCACCUGAGCCUACAGGUCCCUCUAGCUCAGAGGUAUGGAACAUUAUAGUAUAUAAUAUUUUGUUUUGGAUGUUGCAGUCUGCAAAUUGAAUGUUUUGACUCUGUCUGUUACCAUGAUACCAACAACAGGCAGCUAUUUUUCAGCUUAAAUCCUGUAAAAAUGUACUGUAUGCUGCCUUCACAGCAACACAGGAAAAUUAUGUACAUAAUGGUGCAUUUAGCAGCUAAAGAAAACACAUAUUUCCCUCAGGAGUCAGUAAAGACUGAACCAGAGUCAUAGCUGAGGCAGGCAGAAAUCUGGAAAAGGCGAAAAAAAAAAACCCAAACAAAAAAAAAACUGAAUUUGAAAAUCCUUCCCUCCUACUACAGUUUUCCCUUUUCUGUUCUAAACCCAUCCAACCAGACAAGCUCCAGCACAUGCAUGCACUUCAUUUGCACAUGCAACAUGCACAUGCAAACGUAAUUGUAAACAUGAAAAUAAUCAUGAAACAGAGUUAGCCAUAUUAGCAGACUUAAACUACAGUCAAUAGAAGGCUAACUUAUUAACAACAUUUAACCACUGACUGUGUGUAAAGAUGGAAAAAUCCUCUGUAAUUUCACGAAUAGGUUUCCCACAGGUUGGUUUUGAAGCUCAGUGUGGUGGCUUCAGGGUCAGUAUCAACCUGUCACUUAAAAUGGCCAUGGUCUUGAUUAUGCAUAAAUUAAAGCUUAAUACAAUUUGAACAGGAGAGUUACAAAAAAUGUAAUUCCAAUUACUGUAAAGUUGGGCAUUUUAACAUGGAGAUCUAUGGGGAUUGACACAUUUUUGGAGCAAGAUUUGGGCAACUGCAGUUUUUAGUACUUCCAUGUCAGCCUCAUUUCUCAGGCAGAGGUUGCCUAUUGCAUUUAAGAAAGCCACUUGCUGCCAUUUUGUAUAGUAAAUUUACCUACAAAACCUAACUAACCACUACAACACAUUUAUAUUACAGGAAAAUGAGGUUAGUGGCUCACCUGUCCUGGAGAAGAGCAGCAAGCUUGAAAUAUGGUAGUCAGCAGACUACUUGUUCUGUAAGUAUGCCUCACAGAUAUUAACACAUUUCACUCUUUUUGAAGAGUCUGUCUUCUUUUUUCGGUUGGCAUUGUGAUACUGCCCACCCCAGCUUUAAACAGAGUCUGAGUACAAGACUGGCACUAAUCAGGGGGUCCAGAAACAUGAAUGUAACUCUCACAUCUGCUGGAUGUAUUACUGGGAAACUGUGUUCUCAAAUGUUGCCAUAUUACCUUGUUGUUGUUGUCUUUGUUCCACUGCCCGUAGGUGAGAGAAAAUGUAUCAAUACUGCUUUAAAUGCAGUAAAAAAGCAGAUCAAUAUUACAAUGAUUUUCUAGCUCUCAACCCGAUUUUGAAGAUACUUUGUGGUGGUGGUAGUAUUAUCUUUAAGUGUGUUAGCUAUCAAUGCAUGUUCAUCCAUAGCAUAACACUGUGGGGUAGACAGAUGGAAAUAUUCAAAUUCAGAAAUUGGAUGCCGUUACAGAAUGUUGUCUGUUAGAAGGUUCAGUCCAAAAAUAGCAACUGUUGCCUGCAUAAAUCCACAUUUGUUACACCCGGAGGCCCCAUAAUGCAGACCAUAUGGAGGGGUCGGACUAUGCGUGCAAAAGGACAUUGCCACUAUCAAGCCUCCGUAAGGCCGUCAGGAAGAUGUGAUAGUCUGUUGCAGAAGCAGUUUAACAAAGCGACAGAUAACAGCACGUCUGUCAACUGUCAGCCUGGCAGAUGAGUGACAGGGGUGGGAAAAGCUCAUUCUUUCCCAUCUCUCUGACGCACCAAAAUCAGGAGUGUAUCUGCAGGUCACACAAAGAAGCUCAGGAAUGAAGGACAGUUGUGUAUUUGGACGAGAGUUCAGGUGACGAAUGGAGAAGUUAUUCAAAUCUGUGUGAGCCAUUAUUACUGUCAUCAGAGCCUCUCAGUGCUGAUAUCUGAUCCUCUGACUAAUGUAUGUCCAUACAUUCAGUGAAGAUCAGUUGGAUGGUGAAAGUCUACUCCGUGAGUCACUCAGUUUCCACAGCCAUCACCUUUGACUUGUUGCUGUCUCCCUAAUUGAGAGGAAUGUCUCUAUAAACUUUAGUCUGUCCCUGAUGAAACCUUGUGAACGUGCCUCUUCUCUUCUUGAGUUGCCUCUUGUGCCUUGUUAAGCCAUUACAAACAUGUCCACAGUAGAGGAAGUGCACUUCAGCAAACAGAACAGGGGUGUGUACUUCGCUGAAUGAACAAGAAUGAUUAUUUUGUACUACUCUGUUUUCAUGAGCUGCCUAAUCUUCUCAAAGUGAACUCAGUAUCUUUCAUCCUCUAUCAUUAAGGCCUCACACCUCAUUGCAUUUCAAUUUCAUUUGGACAAGUCUCGUCUAAUAGAUGUAUCCUGUUACAUUCAACAAUAUCAAUAGACCUGUGGUGUAUUUUGUCAAAAAGAAAUGGUCAAUGGAGCAGCUCGGAGAACUCCACCAUUUACAAAGCAAAUAAACAAAUGAAGAAUAUCAACUCUGGAGCACCACCCAAACAAAAUAGCUCUUCUACAAGGAAGAGGCUACAGGACAGUGUUUACAAAACCCUCAUUAAGGAUUUGUGAGAUAACACACGCUCAUGUGCAUCACGCAGAGUUGAAGGGAAGGCACGCACGCACACACCAGCAAAGAGACCAUAAGCACUGAGCAAUGCAGACCCACCAUAUCAUAGAUAAGAGACAGAAAGAAAGAGCUAGGAAGAGAGGGCAGAGCACAGAGAGAGACUGACAGAGGAGAGGACACAACAGAGAUGAGUCGGACAGACAAAGACAAGCCUCGGCCACCCUGUCACCGGAACUACAGCCCUGUCACAAAGGACAUCAAAAGGUGUGCAUGAGAAUAAAUGCUGUGAGAUCUGGAAGAGGGCAUCAGGAAUACAAACGCCUGCAGAGAGACUUACAUUGGUCAGUGCAAGGGUCAACAACGCUUCUAAGCUCCUGCCACAGAACCAAAGGCGUUCAGAGAUUAUAAUCAUUUUCUCUUAUUGUUGCAUGAAUUUAUCCAUUGACUACCCCAAAGGGUAUAAACUAGAGUGCUGCAGAUUGUUUCUCCCAUGGCGAGCAUUUGGAUCUCUCAACUGGGAACCAUUUGCAGCUCCAAGAUUUUGUUCUUGCUGUUUUCCAUCCUGCUGCUCCAGGAGCCUCUCUGUGGAGAGAGCAGCCCCAUCUCCAGCACGCAUCAGAGGCAUCGUCCCGCUCCAGGGCUGGGAGACGGGCAUGGAGGUGUGGUGGAUCCAUCACAGCUGGAGCAGGACAGCAACAUGGACAUGCAAAGCCUGCUGGAGAGCCUGAAGGAGCAGUUUUUGAGGACUUUCAACCUGUCUGGUUCGGGUCCUCCUCCACUGCCUCCUGGAAGUACGCGAGAGGAGCCACCUGAAUACAUGAUGGAGCUCUACAACCGCUUUGCUAAUGACCACUCUGCCAUGCCCACCGCCAACAUUAUCCGAAGCUUCAAAAAUGAAGAUUCAUCUCCCAGUAUUGUGGGUUUAGGAGGGGUGAGGCGCCACCCACUCCUCUUCAAUGUGUCAGUUCCGCAUCAUGAACGCAUCACAGCAGCUGAGCUUCGCCUCUACACUCUAGUCCAGACAGACCGCCACCUUUAUGCCGGUGUCGACCGCAAGGUCACUAUCUACGAACUGGAAGUGCAUGAUUGGGAUGACAACAUGACGGCUGUGAGAGGAGAUGUAUUCACAGGGGUAGAAGAACGGAUAGAGCUGGUGGAGUUGGCUUCACGCCAGGUCUACGGCACAGAUAACGGCUGGGAGGCUUUUGACCUCACAGCUGCUGUUCAGCGAUGGCGCAAAUCUGACAGUGGUACCACACACCGGUUAGAAGUGCACAUUGCCAGCAUUGCUAAUGGUGACGAUGCUAAAGGUAUGAAAGAAGACAGCAAAGACAGGAGUCCACCUGAAGGGGACAUGAAGAUUGACACCAGUCCUGAGGAGAAACACAAACCUCUGUUGAUUGUUUUCUCAGAUGAUCAAAGUAGUGAUCACCGUGAUGACAAACGUGAGCUGAACGAGAUGAUUGGCCAUGAAACCGCAAACAUGGUUCUGCAGAAUGACUUGGGGACAGGCCUAAAUGGGCUGUGGGGGGAACUGGGAAGAGACAGGGAGGAAGGAGAUGAAGAGGGUGAGCCAGGUGAAGAAGACCUUAUCCAGAUGCGUUCCAAUCUGAUCUAUGACACAGCAUCCCGCAUUCGUCGUAAUGCUAAGGGAAACCACUGCAAGAAACAAUCUCUGUACGUAGAGUUCAAGGACAUUGGAUGGGACAGUUGGAUCCUGGCACCCACUGGUUACGAUGCCUUUGAGUGCAGUGGUAUUUGUUCCUUUCCACUGACAAAGCAUGUUACACCCACAAAGCAUGCCAUUGUCCAGACUUUGGUCAACAUCAACAGUCCUCAGAAGGCAGCACGAGCUUGUUGUGUGCCCACCAAGCUGGACCCCAUCUCCCUGCUGUACCUGGACGACACAGGUGUGGUCACCUACAAGUACAAGUUUGAAGGCAUGGUGGUGGCUGAAUGUGGUUGCAGAUAGUCCAUACUUUCAGAGUUAAACUCUUUAUAAAGUCUUAUAAUAAGAGAAAGGACACAAAACUUACAAUAAGCUGAAAAAGGAGCUGAGCCAAGAAUGCCUUCAACAAAAGAGAGGGACGAUUAUUUGAAUCUCUGAGACUGGAAGUGUGCAAUCAUGAUUCAUGCAACUAUGUGCACUCCAAAAAAAUGUAUGGACAGAUAUAUAUUUUGUACCUAAGUCAGAAAUGAGUAUUCAUAUACGGCAAAGACAUAAACAUCAGCUGCAGACAGUAGAGAUGAGCAGCAGAUCUACAGUCAGUAGGUGGACCAGUAUUGAUGCAAAGGUAUGUCCUCAUACCCACAGGGCUAAAAAGGCACACGUUUUCCCAAAGAACCAAGCCCAGUCUACAGUCUGUACGGCCUUGUGGGAACUAGUGGGCCAAUUGUUCCCCUCCUCUCCUUUCCCCUGACAUCUGUCUUCCUCUCCGCUUAUCUCUGGCCUCCCUACUCGAUGCAAACACUAAUCAGCACUUCAUGUGCCUUGCUGCAGUGAAAUGGCCUCCCUGAGGCAACCUGACAAGACAUGAACUCUCCAAGCCCACCUCCUGCCUCCUGCAGCCUCCUGAUAUGUAGGUGCUGUGCAGGGAUCCUAGCAGCAGGGUUAUCUGUCCCAACCCCGUUUCCCACUUCACAUGCCUCUUUUCCACUCCCCUGAGCUACAGUGAUAGCAAGGUGUUGGGGGUUGAGAAACAUGUACGGCCACCACUCAAGCUCAGAGAACUUGAAGCCAUUCUGGGCAACUUUUGAGGUGGUGGGUUGGGGGAGUGGGACAGGACAAGGGGGGCUGGGGUUGUCUACAUUCCUAGGCAACAAACAAUCUUUCCUGACUCAACUCACUGACCCAGCACCAUGUGCCCCAACAUAUCUCCAACUCCUCAGUUGAGUCAUUCAUCACUAUUUUGACAAAAAUGGCCCUUUUGCAAACUUUAUUGACUUUCUGGAGCUAAAGAGUACAGUAAGGGCCACACUGUUGCAAUAUGGAUUCUCAAAGAAAAUACAGAUAUUUUCUUUUGUUAUAAGCAUUUUGAUACCUCUGCUGAUUGUGUCAAAUAAAAGACUAUUUAUUGUUCUAAUUUAUUGAUUUUUGCAAGAGUAGAAAACUAUAUAUGUACAUUUGUAAGGUAGUGUAGAGCAGGAUUUGUAAUAAUGACAAUGCAUUUGCAGCUCAAAGUUAAUUUUGUUGGGAACAGAAAUGAUUGCUAAAACAAUAAAGAAAAGUUACUUAACAAAUGCCAAAUCCCAGGUCUGUCUAACUAUUAAUUAUUCCUUCAUUCACACUGUUUUACAAAGUUUGCACACUGUGUUGUUAAAGAUGACCUUAUAUAAAGGUAAAUGUAAAUCUGUUUUCCAAAGUACAAUUAUCAGUCGAAGAAUCAUGGUCUCUCAACUUUUAUUUCCAGUAUUUUAGGAUCACACAAUGUUUUGCUGACACACAGAUCUUUCAAUUCAACAGUAUCAGCUCAUAGGUCAUAGGUCAUUCAUUACACACAAACAAAGAGCCAUGGGAAAAUGAGUGGAAGACCCGCUAAUGAACAAAAUGAAUGGCCUGCUGCUUGCACAGACAGUGAGCAGGCUAGAGACUGCUAUGACAGAUGACCAGGUUUUAAGAGAAAAUGUGAACAAAAAGCAAACAAAGAUCUGGACUCCAUUGUCUUUUUUUGUUCGCACUACAUUUUCUGUGAAUGUUAAACCAGAUUGCAACAGCAUUGUGCUGUUUCUUUCAUGUACACUUAAGAUGCAAAUAAAGAAUACAAAUCAAACUUUCGCUCUG